AUGGCUUCUAGGUACUAUGCUCAGACCAUCACUGCUGGUUCCGUUAAGGGUGGGGGUCUCACUCGGGUAGCUUCUGUCCAUUCUGGUGGCUCAUGCAGAGUGCCAAGCCUUGCUUUUGGCACCAGGAGUGCUUCCUCCUCUUCCAUGAAGCUGGGAUGUGGUAGCUAUGGGCCCAGCAUUUGCCCACCAAAUGUUUCUUUCACCCCUGCUUAUUCUGGAAGCUAUGGCUGGCACGAUGAAGGAAUCCUCAACUGCAAUGAAAAAGAGCUGAUGCAAUCCUUGAAUGACCGGCUUGCAAGCUACCUGGAAAGAGUAAGAUGCUUGGAGCAGGAAAAUGCUCAUCUGGAAUGCAAGAUCAGGGAAUGGCAUGAAAGUCAAGCCCCCUAUGAAAGCACUGAUUUUCAUUCAUAUUACAAGAUUAUUGAGGAACUCAAGCACCAGAUCCUGUGUGCCAAGAAUGACAAUGCCAGGCUGGUUUUGGAAAUUGACAACGCUCGCCUAGCUGCUGAUGACUUCAGGACCAAGUAUGAGACUGAACUGGCUCUUCGCCAGUGUGUUGAGUCGGACAUCCAUGGACUGCGCAAAAUUCUGGAUGAAAUGACCUUGUGCCGGGCUGACCUGGAAGCUCAGCUUGAAUCUCUCAGGGAGGAACACCUUUGUCUCAAGAAGAACCAUGAGGAGGAAGCUAAUGCCCUGCGUUCAAAACUUGGGGCCAGAGUUAAUGUGGAAGUGGAUGCUGCGCCUUCAUGUGACCUGAACAAGAUGCUGGAUGAAAUAAGGAAUCAGUAUGAAUGCCUGGCUGAAAAAAACCGCAGGGAUGUUGAGACUUGGUUCUCUUCCAAGAUGGAAGAGUUGAACCAGCAGGUGGCCUCCAGUGGUGAAGAGUUGCAGAGUUGCCAAUCGGAAAUAAUUGAGCUGAGACACACCAUCCAAACUCUUGAAAUUGAUCUGGAUGCCCAACAGAAUAUGAAAAAUGCUCUUGAAUGCACCCUGCAUGAAACCGAAGCCCGCUACAGCACCCAACUAGCACAGCUCCAGGGUGUGAUCAGCACCAUAGAAGGUCAAUUGGGUGACCUCCGGUGUGAUAUGGAACGGCAAAGCCAUGAGUACAAGAUUCUCCUGGAUCUCAAGACUCGCCUGGAAGCAGAGAUUUCAACAUAUCGGCAUCUGUUGGAGGGAGAGGACCACAAAUUUUCCAGAGGUCCAAGUAUGCCAGAGUGUCCCCCACCAGUCCCUGCUCCUGCUCCUCACAUCACUAAAAAAAUCCGUACUAUUACAGAGGAGAUUAAGGAUGGGAAGGUUAUAUCUUCUCGAGAACAAGUCCAACACGUAGCGCUCUAG